AUGCUCUGCUCUUUGUCGGGCGAAGAGGCCCAGGAGCCCGUGGUGUCGCCCAAGAGCGGAUGCAUAUUUGAAAAAAGACUCAUUGAGUCGUAUAUUUCGACCACAGGGAAGGAUCCUGUUUCGGAGGAGAGUUUGGCAGUGGAAGAACUCAUCGGUGUGAAAAGUAAGGAUCCGGUGAUAGUGCCGCCUAAACCAGCGGCGUUCAACUCGAUACCGACCAUGUUGGCGGCGUUCCAGAACGAAUGGGACGCUUUGGUGCUUGAAACGUUUACGUUGAGGAAAGAGCUUCAUAAUACCAAGCAAGAGCUCAGUGCUUCGUUGUACCAGUACGACGCGGCUGUAAGAGUUGCUGGAAAGGCUUUGAAGGAGAGAGACGAGGCUCGGGAAGCACUUGCCGAGCUUUCAAAGACAUUUGCUUCGUCAGAUAAGGAGAAUGGCAUGGAAGUGGAUGAAAAAGCCGAUACCGGACUGGCGCCUCUGGAGGAAGCUCCAGCGGUGGAGAAAUCCGAAUCGAUAGAAACCUCAGGCUCGACUAGUGGAGACUUGGAGUCCAGAAUCGAGCCUGUGGACACUUAUAGAGACAGUCAACUGGGAAGUCCACGGGACGACGACUCAGAGGGCCUGAGAGAGCUUCAGAGAGAACGCAACACUGCCCCUAGAUCAGACGCUGAACUCGAAGACGAGUCUGCUACGGUGCCCAUGCCGGCAGACCACGCCCAGGAUAUCUUGGCAGGCCAGGAACGUUUGUUUGGAAUUCACAAGAACCUCCGACUUACCGUGCCAGGCGCAGUUUCUGGGAAAUUCGAGGUCCACUACGAAGUGGAACCACACAAUUUGUCACCCCGUGUUCGGAAUUACAUCGCUGUAAGCGGACACGGCCACAUCGCCAUCUACGACGAAACUUCCAUCUACCUUCACCCUGAAGGUAAACAUAUAAGGAAGAAAUCAAGAAUCAACUGUGUUGGCUUCACAGGCAGCUCACUCCAACUAGUGAUCUCCUGCGCCAACAGUUUGCUCUACGUUUAUACCAUGAGAGGGGCCACAGAAAGAGCCAUCCGUCACAGACAAGGAGAAAUAUACUGGAUCAUGCCUCAUCCCUGUGUGCCAAUGACUAUUGGUGUCAACAGAGACAGAUGGGUUGUGUUCAACAGCAACAGGGAAAUCCACAACCCUGGUUUCAUACUUACAAGAAUAUGUGCCGAAGCACUUCACGUUGACGGAAGACUACUAGCCCUAGGCACCUAUGCGGGCCAGAUUGUCAUUUUCGAUAUCGUCAACAACGAAAAAGUCGCCAGUAUCAACACAAGAUACAACCGAGUGACCAAAAUUGAAUUCGCCUUCAACGGGUACUGGCUCUUUGCAGCCUCAUACAACGACAGCACCAAGGGAUCAGUGCAAUUGUUUGAUCUUCGUAAGAACACUCUUUUGCAUGAAUUCCCAUACGACGGCAAGACCGAGUUCUCGAUCGACCGGUCGUCGCUGGUCCUCGCCACCAUCGUGAAAGGCACCAAACACGUCAACAUCAGUAUCUACAACAAAAAAGAGAAGAAAUGGUCCGUGGACCAUAAACAGGUAACCUUACCUGAACCGCUCAUCCAGGUGGAACGCAGCGGCAACGUCAAUGUCCCGUUCCAAUCUUACAAACCCACAUUUGCCGGGUUGAGCAAAACCGCUCUUUACCACUUCACGGUCGAAUCGCUCUAG